AUGAAUCUGCCCUCAGAUAUAUUGAUAAAAGUAUUUGAAGAGCUUCGUAAAGACACCGCGUCAUUGCACUCAUGCGCUCUGGUUAAUAGACUUUGGUGUGAAAAUGCCCUGAUAUUUUUAUGGCUCCAACCUUUUAAAUCACUAGAAAAGUGUCGUAGGGACGACCUGAGUAAUAACAGGUCGUGGAAUGAACGAGCGACAUGUCUCGUUCAAACGUACUCUUCUUGCAUUCAAUACCAAGACACCCUUUCCACCGACAGACAUCGCAGUACUUUAAGGCAACCUCUGCAACACAAACCACCUACCUUUAAUUAUCUUCAAUAUUUGAAAAGUUUGGACAUCGGAGAAUUCUCGAAUGCGCUUCUUGGAAUGGCUGAAAAUACUCAAGGUAAGAGGAAUCAUCAUAACGAUCGCUUUAUGUCAUCUCAUCACGAGAAUGAUUCAUCCAACAUGAGCAUUUUUGGCCAUACAAAAACAGCAGCAGCAAAACCCCAACGUUUGGGGUAUAACAAAUUGAUAUCUGCUAUUGCUGACGCUGCCUCCUCAAAUAAUACCAACGUUACAUCAUCCAGAGCAAGAGCAGAUAUCUAUAAUAGAACCAUUCUAGGAAAAUUAUUGAGGAAUCCAUCGAUUACGCUAAAAACCCUAAGCAUUAGUAAUCAGAUGGAACCUUAUUCGUGGUUGCAUUCUUUACUGUCUAGCACCAAUUACCACCUCGCUAACCUUUCCAAAUUCAGUUGCACAACCGCCUGUAAUGCAGAGUUGUAUACGACACUUUCUAAAUCCGUAGUCAAUCUGAGAAAAAUAAAAAUAUGGAUGGAUUAUUAUCCGCCAGUGAAUAUCAAUAACCAAAAAAAUCCAUUGAAAGGUGGAAUGGAUAGUCUAGAAGCUCAGGUGGAAGGCAUUGCAAUUCUGAUCAGAUCACAAAAAAAUUUACACCAUUUUGAACUGGGUUAUUGUGGGCUGGGUUUGGAUGACAUCAUAACGGCAUUGAAUACUCAAGUACAUUCGUUGCGCACAAUAACUUUUGUCAGGGUGGACUUUAAAGAUUGGUGUUCCCUAUUGAAGCUCACCUCAGAAACCAAGCUAGAUCUGCUGAUGCUGAAUUCUUGCUAUUACUUACCAAACUGUGAUUCCAAUUUAUCAAAUAGUGAUGGCCAGUUGAAAUCCCGCAUUACGAAUAUUGUAGUUUCUUCCGCUCCUAGUGGGAUCCUUGAAUCGUUGAUUCACAGGGCAAAUACUAGCCUAGAAGAGUUGGAAAUCUCUCACAUCUCUGCACUGCCCACCACCAACACGAUUACUUCCUUCAUACAUCACCAUCCGCCACCACACAAUAUUCUUGAAACAAUUUCGCUUUACUGCCCAAAUCUAAUAAUUGCAAGGUUAUAUAUUGACACCACUACAAUUUCAAAACUACCGUUAUUUAUGAGCUCAUGUAUAAAUUUAAAAUGCCUAACAAUAUUUGGGCCUAGAUAUCCAGAAAUAAAUGUAGAUGACCUAUUUAGAGCGAUGAGUGCAAUUAGCGCGAACAAUUUGGAAAAAUUGGCCAUACGUUCGUGUUGGACUUUUACUGCUGAAAGCCUAGAAUUAUUUCUAGAAAGCUUCUCGAAACUAAAAAAAUUUGAAAUAUUGUGGAGUUGUUGCGUGGACAAUGAGCAUUUUAAAGUAUUGUUAGAUAGAUUUUGGUGUGGCGGGGAUUAUUAUCAUAGUGGUGGUGGUCUGAGAAAACGUGGUGGCGGUGGCAAGUAUGGUAAGUAUGGAAAGAAAAAUGGAGGCAGCAGACGUUAUACGAGCAGCGAGGGUUUCAUGAUGAAGGAUAUACGAAGUAAAAAUAAAAGAGGAAAGCAUAAUGAGAAUGGUUGUAAGUGUGGCGUUAAUGGCAAGGAAAGACAUUAUGGAGGAUGGCAAGAGAGAUAUUUGCACCAGACCAAAAGUAGCAGUAAAUUAGAGGACCUUCGAAUACAAACCAAACAUAUCAUAAAUGUUGAAUUGAUUAAACAGAUUCAAAGAGUUGUUGGAUGCGUUAGAGUUUGGAAUUGGUGA